UUUAUUCCACCGACAGCUGAAUUUGAUUUCUACCUCGCUAUCGAGUUGGAUCGCGACUAAUCUAUUUCGGGUCUGGGGUUGCGCCUGCCUACGCGUCUUCGCGUCAUCAACGCGGCUAUCACCACCAUCACCAUGUCGCAACAUUACCAAAACAGCUGGCGCCCCCGGCAACAGAACCGCAACUACAAAGCCCCCAAAGUGAGCAAGUGGCUGGAUGAGAAACAGAAGGAAGAUGACCAGAUAGCUCCGGAUGGCGUCUCCGGAUCCGCCAGCCAUCUCGAACGAUGGGCUCUGAUGACAGCGGGCAUGCCACAGCAGCCUACCAAGCGUGCCAAGUCGCGUGAGAACGAGGAAGAGAUUCGGGAUCGCAUCCAUCGAAGAUAUCAAGGACCGGAACAUCUCACACCUGCGACUUCCCAGGACGAUCCUGAGCCCAUGGAGGACCGCGAGGUGAUCGAUCUUAUAGGCGAUGACGUACAGCCCCAGUUCCUCGUACCCAAAACGACUACGAAGCGUCCCCGUUCACCAUCUCCGGUUCCCGACACACCACGCGUCAAUCUCAGUAGUGUAAGCUAUGUCCAGGCCGUCAAACGUCGUCGGUCAAGAUCGCCAUCGCCCAAGAGAUCUGCUUACUCUGCCUUCAGCGCUCGGCGAUACGACACAAAAGCGAUGAGUCUGGCAGAUUCUGACGAUAGUUAUGACUACGCGCAGUCGAGUGAGUGGAGCUUCCCAAGUAGUGAGGACGAAGACGAAGAGAUGAAGUGAUGGGCUCAGGCGAGGCGCGCACAACGCGAUUUCGAGUAAUUCUACCAGCAGCCGAUAGCUGGAUGAAGGGGCGAGGGAAGGGGUUCAAGCGGCGUUGCGCUGAAAAGGUUGGAUCGAGCAGUGAGUCUCAUUUGCGCCGAACACGUCCAAUACAGCAUCACCGCUAAACCUCAAUGGU